CCCUCCCCGUGCAAGACAGCCGGCCACAGACCAGCAUGAAGUCCGUCCAGUUCUGCGCCCUUCUCUGUUGCUGGAGAGCAGCCUGCUGUGCGGGCUGUGAGCUGACCAAUGUCACCAUCGCCGUGGAGAAGGAACAGUGCAGGUUCUGCAUCAGCAUCAACACCACCUGGUGUGCGGGCUACUGCUAUACCAGGGAUCUGGUGUACAAGGACCCGGCCAGGCCCAACCUCCAGAAAAUAUGCACCUUCAAGGAGCUGGUGUAUGAGACCGUGAGAGUGCCCGGCUGUGCCCACCACGCAGACUCCCUGUACACGUACCCUGUGGCCACCAAGUGUCACUGUGGCAAGUGUGACAGCGACAGCACUGACUGCACUGUUCGAGGCCUGGGGCCCAGCUACUGCUCCUUCAGUGAGAUGGCGUAAGGGACAAUGGAUUCAUCACAGUCCACCUGCCCUGGCCUGCAGGACGCAGAAGUCUGUGUGUGAGCACCAUGCCCAGGUGCUGACCUCACAUGAGGGGACAUCAGACCCCAUUGGACCCCACUGUGGGGAGGGGGCUGCAGCACUGAGGGUACUGGGGCAGGCCUGUCACCCCACAGCCCUGAGUCCCUCGCUCUUGGUCCAUAAGUUUUAUUUGAUCUUAGUUCACAGAUUCGUGGGUUCAUUCCUCAUCAGUAAUCUUAGGCAUCCUCUCAGGAAAUCCUUUCCAUUUAGACAGGGAUACAAAAGUCCAGUAGAGAGGCAAUAAUGACAGAGGUUAGGGAAAGAACUAAAGGCAGUACUAUCUUCUACUAGACUUUGGGGCCCUGAGGAGCAAGGCCAGCAUCUUUUUCAACACCUGGCACUGUGCCUGGAACUGGGCAAGAAACCCAACAAUGGCUUCCUUAAGGAAACCAAGAUCAGAAAGCUACAGGGGAGGGGCAGGCUGAAUGAGGCUGUGUGAGGCUGGUUGAGGACCUGCCCCAGCAAUACCUGCUGUAGAUAUCAUCACCUCCAUUCUCCCUACACUGCUCUCUGGUACAUGCAGUCGUGAGAUAAGAGGGUCUCUGAAUUUUAUGAUACAGAUGGGGACAACAGAGCUCAGGAUUCCCAAGCUAUUCCUACCAAGCCCUUUAGCUAAGGGAAAAUGCAAGAAAUGUUCAUCUGGGGCUGUGGAAAUUAACUCACAUUAUUCAUUACUUUAAAAAUGGAGCAAUUGCUGCUGAGCUUCCCUCAUUUGCAGAAAGGGAGGGCAAUUUCAGCAACUUCAUAUAUUCAACUCUUCUACACACACAUUGUAUAAAGAAAUGGCUCUUUUAGAAAGACUUAGUCAUAGUCUUAGAAAGACCACUGUUUUCUAGGGUCCUCUCCAUGUCAGUCUGGUCUUUUGUCUAACCAUGUUCUCCCAAAUCUAUGAUUUCUUUCAACAGUGUAUAUAUUGGAACUAUUUCAUACAUUGAUUUCUUUUAAAGGUGUUAACUCUUAGUUAUGUGCUUGUACCAUGCUUAUUAUAUUUAAUUUAUUUAAAUCUUAUUUUUUUAAUAAAGAUGCUAGCAAAAAGA